AUGGCUGAUGUUCUUGCUGCCGCGUUUAUGGAUGGUGUUAAUGAAACGAAAGAUGAAGUUCUUCGACAAGAAUUGAUAUCCAAAACGGCCAAUAUACCAAGUUUCCUAGAACCAACUGUUAUGAUGCUAUUGGAAUCGUGUUGCCCGAUGAACAGUGUUCCCAAAUUACCGGCCAAUCUGUUAUCACGC